CGCACUUCCUGCGCCUGGAAACCCGGGGCUGUCUCGCGAGGCGUCCCCGCCGGCAGGGGUCCUUGCGGUCCGAGACGCCCGCCCUCGUCGGCCUGCAGCCUGGUCGCACGCCGCCGGGAGCUGUGACCCUGGCCGUGCCGUCCUUGCUCGGAUCCGGGCUGUCGCGAGGAACCGAGAUGUACACUCCUCUUCAGAAAGAAUCCAGGGCACCUGCCACCUGUUUCGGUUCAGCCACCACACAGGAUGUGGGCAGUAGCCACCAAGAUGGCCUGGAAAGAGAAUGCCCCAGAAACACAGACCGGAAGCUGCCGGGCCUCUAUGGAGUGGGGGACCCCACUGCCAUGUUCUCCUCUGACAGCUCCUGCCUGUCUUCUAGAGGCAAAGUCAUCAAAUGGUUCUGGGACUCCGCGGAGGAGGGCUACAGGACCUACCACAUGGACCAGUACGAUGAGGACAAGAACCCCAGCGGGAUCAUUAACUUGGGCACCAGUGAGAACAAGCUCUGCUUUGACCUGCUGUCGAGACGGCUGAGCCAGAGUGACAUGCUGCGGGUGGAGCCGUCCCUGCUGCAGUACCCAGACUGGAGGGGACAUCCAUUCCUCCGGGAGGAAGUGGCCAAGUUUCUGUCUUAUUACUGUAAGAGCCCAGCACCCCUCAAACCAGAGAAUGUGGUCGUCCUGAAUGGCGGCGCCUCUGUCUUCUCGGCUCUGGCCACCGUGCUGUGUGAGGCAGGAGAGGCCUUCCUGAUCCCCACUCCUUACUACGGGGCUAUCACACAGCACGUCUAUCUCUAUGGCAACGUCCGACUGGCCUUUGUCUACCUGGAUAGUGAGGUCACUGGGCUGGACACCCGCCCCUUCCAGCUCACAGUGGAGAAACUGGAGUUGGCCCUGCAAGGAGCAAAAUCUGAGGGUGUGAAGGUCAAAGGCCUCAUCCUCAUCAACCCCCAGAACCCCCUGGGCAACGUCUAUUCCCCCAGAGAACUGCAGGAGUUCCUGGGAUUUGCUGCAAGGCACAAGCUGCACGUGAUUGUGGAUGAGGUCUAUAUGCUGUCUGUGUUCGAGGAGUCGCUGGGGUACCGCAGUGUCCUGGGCCUCAAGAGAUGGAGUUUAGGCACAGAAUUGGUGAUAGAAGCACUUUGGAAAAGUUGGGACCAGAUCCCUGGUGGGGUGUGCAGAUCUGACCUUCUCCACCCUGUCCUUUCCGCUGACUCUGUCCUGCAGCCUCAUGGAGCUCUGGAGGCUCUGCCGGAGACGCUGCGUAUAACAGCGCACGUGGCAGACUGGACGUGGCCUGGCGCUGCUGUUUGCUGCUUCCUGCUCUUAUGGAUAAGCGGCCACAAGAGGCUGCCUGACCCCCAGAGGACCCACGUGAUGUGGGCCACAAGCAAGGACUUCGGGAUGUCUGGGCUCCGCUUCGGCACACUGUACACAGAAAACCGGGAUGUGGCCACCGCUGUGGCUUCCCUCUGCCGCUAUCAUGGCCUCAGCGGCCUGCUGCAGUUCCAGAUGGCCCAGCUGCUCCGUGACCGUGACUGGAUCAACCAAGUGUACCUGCCAGAAAACCACAGCCGGCUUAAGGCAGCGCACACGUAUGUCUCGGGAGAGCUCCGGGCCCUGGGGGUCCCCUUCCUGAGUGGGGGCGCCGGCUUCUUUCUCUGGGUGGACCUAAGGAAGGUAACUCAGGCGGGCGGCAGGUGGGGCAGCGCUGCCCCGGGGCUCCCUCCCCUGGCGAGGGCGGCGGGGCCCAGCUGUGUUAAGCCUCCCGCCUGCCGCCCCCCAGUACCUUCGCCAGGGCACCUGGGAGGAGGAGAUGGUGCUUUGGCGCCGCUUCUUGGACAGCAAGGUGCUGCUUUCCUUCGGCAAGGCCUUCGAGUGCAAGGAGCCCGGCUGGUUCCGGGUGAUCUUUGCAGACAAGGCCCACCGGCUCCGCCUGGGGAUGCAGAGGCUCCGCAGGGUGCUGGAAGGCAAAUCCCAGGAGGCUGAAGAUAUCCCUCCCCAUCAGGAUCCCGGGGAGCAGCACUGAUGAGGGGUGACAGCGGGAGACACCUUCUGCUGCUGAGGUCCAGCCUGGGACCAGCUAGGGGGCCCUGCCUUGGUGUGCAGAACUGGGGUCUCCCGAUGGCCCCUAAGAGCCUUCAGCCCCCCUGGGGAUGCAACCGACAGCAAACUGUCCCUCUUCUUGGGGGCCAUUUCUUGCCUCCUGAGUUGGUUGCCAGGACAACAAGCCAGAGGAGCAGCACACAAAGUGAUGGAGAUUUAAAUAUCCUAGGAUUCCCAAGGGACCAGAAUCCACAGCCCACUGGGAACCGGGACCCCCUGAUGGGACGGGACAGGGCAGGGAGGGGCAACUCCCUGGGAAUUUCCUCUCUGUCCCAAGCUGCUCCUGUCUCUCUGGGACUCUGCUCCUCCCACCUGGGAAGAAGCUACCAACACUGUGUCCCCAGAGCACCAGGGGCUGUCGGGGAAUUUUGGGGCUGGAACUCUGAAAUGAACCGGGUGGAGCUGAGCAGGGCUGCGCUUUCCCCCCACGCGGAGGCAGAUGAAGGGCGCCAUGUCUUCAGGAGGGUGAUUUGCUUCAGGGACAGCAUGAGGUCUCUGAGCCCUCAAGCUGUGUGCGCUAAGGACCUUCUCAGGUGCCGCUGCUUCCGCCUCAGAAAAGCUGCACUUAACUCCGGCAUGGGGUGCCUGGUCCCUGAAGUCCCAGCUUCUCAGGAGGCCGAGGCAGGAGGAUCACUUGAGCCUGGGAGUUGGGGCCAGCUUGGGCAGUAUAACCAAAAGGCAUUCUCAAAAGGAUGAAAAGCUGAUUCUUGCUUUCUUUUAGAAAAUGUCAGUGACAUCAGUGUUUCCAUUCUGUGCUGUUUGGCUCAGGUGGGGUUUUUUGUUUUGUCUUGUUUUUCUCUUUUGAUCUGCCCUUCAUUCAUUUAUUCUUCCUCCCUAUCUUUUACUGAAGGCCUUCUAGGAGAUAUGGUGAAAAAUAUGGAAAAUGCUCAAAUUUAAAAAAAAUUAUUACAAUGAAAGCCACAUUUAUUACUGUUUUCUAGAACAUUGGAGAGACAAUUUUAGGUGUGAAACUCCUUCACCCUUUAAUAUCUCAGGGUAUGAGAUGUGAAUGUUUAAAUUUUAAAAAUUUAUAAAAGAUACACUGUCAUGAACCCUCCUCAGAAUCCUCCCCCUCCUUUCUUCUUUUUUUUUUUUUAUUAUUUUGAAGGUAGUAAAAUACAACAGAACAAGACGGAACAAAGCCAAUUGAGACAGCGUAGACAGUUUAGAACUUCACAGCAGGUUACUGGGAUAACAGUAUUAGGUAUCACAGUAUUUCUCAUUAUCUUCACAAUAGUUCUUCUUUCAAUCACCUAUAGCAAAAUAAAAUGAAGUACAGAACAUUAUAGAACUUAUCAAAACUACUGAAUAGAGUAAUACUGUUAAUCAGAACAAAGCAAGACAGUAGUAAAAAUAUUUCCCUUCAAAAAGAUGGUAGAAGAAAAUCCCCCUUAUUUGUUAUAUUGUAUAUGGUCAACCUCCCAAGAGAUGCUCAGACCUCUGGCUCCCAUUUGCUAAUGGUGGGGCAGGGGAAGUGGGAUGUUUGACUCUCAGCCAGUGGACCGGCAGGCUUGCUAUUGCUUAGCAGGGAGGCAGGCUGGUUGCUUGGUUUCCCAGGGUCCUAAGUUCCAACAUGGUGCGGAUCUCAGGAGACACUGGUGGUUCUCCCCCUGGCCUGCCACGCCACAGCUGCUUACCAGAGAGGCGAGCUGGUUGCUUGGUUUCCCAGGGUCCUAAGUGCCAACAUGGCAUCCCCCCUCCUUUCACACACACUUACCCCAUCGUUCGUCCUACUUUCUGAAGCAGCUCUGGAAGUGCUCUCUUCUGAGUGUCGUUAGUGGUGCUGUCCUGGCUGCUUCAGUGUCCUGAAUGCAUUCAGAAUGACCUUUCAUGGUGGUUUUGACUUUGGAGAAGAGCCAAAGAAUCAUGGUGCCAGAUCUCGUGAAUAAGGUGCUUGAGGAUGCAGUGUCCUUGCCUUUCUGUUGGAUGCUACCUGGAAGCAGCAUUCACUGUGUUUCUUAAUUAUACCUCAUAAAGACACUCAGCUGGGGCAAGUUAUGUUCAUCUCUCUGAGCUUUACAUUUUAGCAAAUAUGUGUUUUAUUAUUGAAAAUUCUAAAAAAAAUCCUUUAUAGCUCAAGCUUGCUUUUCAAUUUCUAAUCAUUUACUUAUUUACAUUUUUUUGAAGCAUUGUCUUGCUAAGUAGUCCAGGCUGGCCCUUGAACAAGAAAUCCUCCUGCUUCAGCCUGCCAAGGGCUGGGAUUCCAGAUGUGCAACACCAUGCCUCGCUUUGUUUUACUUUUAAAAUAAAUAAGCACAACUUUUUUGUACUUCAUAUAUGGCUAUGUCUUGGUAUCUGUCCAGGAGAGGCUCCAGGACCCCUGAUGGGUACUAAUAUCUACCAAUGGCUUUAUAAAAAUGGCAAGCCUGCAUAUAAACAUAGGCAGUCCCCUGGAUACUUUGUCAUCUCUAGAUUACUUAUCUAAUGCAACAUAAAGCCAUAGACCAUUGUUCUACUGAGCACGUUCUCAUUUACCGUCACUUGCAUGGUUUCUAUCCCUGGAAAUGUAGCCACAUCAUUUUGCCUGGGCCAGAUUGUAACGAGCUUGCGUCUUCUGCUUGUCUCCCUUCCUUUUUUAUUUUUAUUUUUACUUUUGAGACAUGGUAUUUCUGUAUACUCCAAGAGAACCUUGAACUUACUAUGUUGCAGGAUGGCCUCACACUUGAGGUGACCCUGCUGCCACAGCCUCCCGGAGUGCUGGGAUUACAGGCAUGUGCCACCAAGCUUAACCACAUCUCUGACGUAUGCCCUUGGUUACAUUUUUUCUCUGCCCGCAGUGCCCUUUCACCUCUCUACUUGUAAAGAUCCUGAAUAUCCUUCAGGGUUGGCAAAGUUAUCUCGGAUCUUUCCAAGUAGAUGCAGCUUCUGCUGCUGCUUUAAAAAUCAUCACACUGUAUAUUCUCUUAUGCAGCUUUCACCCUCCACCUGAGUAACUUCAUUUGUAUAUUUGUCUUGAUUCUAGUUAGGUCCUCCCAGCGUCUGGCAUCUUUAUUCAUCCUACAAGAGCGUGUCAAGCCAUGAAAAGUGCCAAGCUUUAUGUAAGCUUCCAGUUAUAAACGGUGAUCAAGACAGGGAGGGGUCCAGGAAGUCCCUGCCGAACACAGUUCUGUAACACAGCCAGCCCUCGUUCAAUCAAAGAACAAAUGAUUAAUUACAAACACACAUGUGGCAGGCACACACCUGUAACCCCAGAAUUUGAGAGGCUGAGCCAGGACAGUCCCUCCAAAUUCAAGGUCAACCUGAGUUACCCAGUGAGUUCAAGGUCAGUUUGAAUUACAUACCUAGCGAGACUCUGCCUCAAGAAAACCAAAAAAGCAAAACCAUACAUGUUUUAAAAUACCGAUAAAGAGAAACAAGCCAGAGGCUCUCUCAGAUUGAACUCCAUUAACUAAGUUGUAGGCGACAACUUCCACCAGAUGGCGCUACCGUCCAGCUGGGAUGAACGUGGACUCGGUUCCCAAAGCCUGACCUAGUGAACUAUACCAGCUGUGAUCGAAGUCUAGCAGUGUCUUCAUCAAUUCUCAUUUUCUCAGCCUCCACUCACUGCUUUAUUUCGGAAGUUCUACUGUGCAUGCAUAAGUCUAAAUCAUGAAUAAAGGGGACAGGCCUCAGUUUCUACCCCUUGAAUUACUCCACCCAAAACAGUCAUAAUUGCUUCUUGGAUUCCUUCCCCCAAAAAAUCGUCAUAUGAGGGAAGGGAUCUUUUGCAAAUACGAAGAGAUCAAGAGAUGGAGGAAGGGAACAAGAAAGGGAAGGACGUGAAAGAAAUAAGCCAUGUUAUGCACAUGUGCCAGCUCCCCACAGUGAAGGGGAUCUGUAUAUACUACAAACAGGGAUUAAUAAAAACUAAACAAUUUAAAAAUUCA